GAGAGAGUUGAGUUAAGUAAAAUGGCUGUCAAAGUUGGCGUUGGCGUUGUUUUGUAGUAUCAGCUUUCCGGGAGAAACUUUUAUAUACUUUUUGAAGCCUUAUAAAUUGUUUCAACAUUGAAGAAUUUCAAAUGAAAAUUAUUAUAGUUUUUACUUGCUGAAGGAAAACAAAUUUCCGAAAAAUGGCCUUGCCUAUGAACUACAAGCAGAUAGCUGCUACUACGCCAACACAACAGCCCCCGCAGCCGACAAACCAGAUGGCGAACCCAGGGACGCCCAUGACUUUCAACAUCCUGAAAGAACGACUCCGAGCGUCUGGCGGCUCGGGAGGAGGAUCUUCUUCAUCGAAAGAGUCGGCCAACCAGAACCCGUUCACAACCAGUCCUCAUGCGCCAACAGCGUUCCAUCCUCAGAAGGUUGGGAAGGCCCAGGGGGACUCACGGACCCCGAAGCCGCCCAAACCUCCCGAGAAGCCGCUGAUGCCGUACAUGAGGUACAGUCGCAAGGUGUGGGAUCAGGUCAAGGCUCAGAACCCGGAGCUCAAGUUGUGGGAGAUCGGCAAGAUCAUCGGACAGAUGUGGCGAGACCUGCCGGAGGACGACAAGACGGAGUAUGUGGAGGAUUACGAGGCAGAGAAGGUUGAGUAUGAGAAACAACUGAAGGUUUACCACAACUCUCCGGCUUAUCUCGCCUACGUGGCCGCCAAGUCUCGAGGAAAAGCCAGCAAGCAAAAUCAAGAGAAAGAGGACAAAGAAGAGGGAGGCAGGUCGGGUGACAGAGGGAGCAAACAGGCGGACCGACGGAUCGACAUUCAACCUGCCGAAGAUGAGGAUGAUGCUCAAGACGACGGCUACUCAGUGAAGCACGUAGCCUAUGCUCGCUACGUCCGAAACCACAGACUCAUCAACGAGAUAUUCUCCGAUGCCAUUGUGCCGGACGUUCGCUCCGUCGUCACGACAGCUCGUAUGCAGGUGUUGAAGAGGCAGGUGCAGAGCCUUACGAUGCAUCAGAAGAAACUUGAAGCGGAACUGCAACAGAUUGAAGAAAAGUUUGAAGCAAAGAAACGUAAAUUCAUCGAGAGCAGUGAAACUUUCCAAGAAGAGUUGAAAAAGCACUGCCAGCGCGCCGUGGACGAGGAGACGUUCCAGAAGAUGGUAGAACGGCAGAUAGAGGUGCUACGUAAGGAGAGGGCGCGCGGAGGUGAAGAAGCAAAUAAACCUCCACGAGCAAUGGAGGAGAGCGGCGGAGCUCCGGAGCCUGUGGCUACCCCCACCACCAACGGAACUGACGAACCACCAAACACACAACAUUCUGAGAUGGUUGUCCUUCACUACAUACAGCCGAUGGAGGAAAGAAGUCAGUCUGCGGAUGAGUCGAGCAACCCCGCCAUGGACACACAGGCUCCGUCACCAGCCCUGCCGUCGAAGCCUGUAGAGACUGCGCCUCCCGCGCCUGUCCCUGCGUCCGCCCCAGCACCUGCACCGGCUCCAUACAUGCAUCCUUCUACUCCCUACCAAGCACCCGGCUACAUGGCACCUGCAGCUCCCCCACAGCCACAGAUGCCCCCGCCACAGGGGUUCCAGCCAGCUAUGGCCCCGUACCCUCCGCAACAAUACCCCCCGUCCCCCGCCACGCAGCCUCUCCCCCCUCGGCCUCCGUAUGGUUAUCCUCAGAGCCCGUACCCACAGUAUCCUCCGCACCCGUACUACCAUCAGAACCCGUACCCUCAGUACCCGGCUCCGCACAUGCCCCCCGCUCGUCCUCACCCACACCCGUACCACAUGCCUCCUCAGCAGGACCCCCAGGCUCAUCCUGGUGUGGAGAACAACAUGUAUGGACCCCCGCAGCAGCAGAUGCCAGAGCGGGGCCCCCCACCUGCUGAGGAACCAAUGGACGAGUCUAAACCUGAUAUAGCUCCCCCCGCUGGUGUUAAAGAAGAAAAGCCAUUCAUGAAAGAGGAGCCCGAAGCAGAGCCAAUCAAGAACGGAGAGUAACUGUUUCCCACUUUUAUUUGUAUAUGUAUUUGUAUGUGUGAGUAAUUUUACAUUAGUAACAAUUAAAUGUUUUAAAAUGUCAA